AUGUAUUCUGAUAACGGAACAACGUUUGUCGGAGCUGAUCGCGAGAUGACCAAAGCGUACAGAGCGGCUGUGCGCGAUCAUAAUUUUUUAAAUUUAACCGCAUCCGAUAAUGUGACGUGGAAUUUCAUUCCACCAUCUGCUCCGCACUUCGGCGGCUUGUGGAAGGCCGGCGUACGAAGCGUUAAAAACCAUUUGCGUCGCGUAUUAGGCACUCAUAGGCUUACCUUCGAAGAAUUCACAACUUUGUUAUGCAGGAUCGAAGCCUGCUUAAAUUCACGUCCGAUCGCGCCUCUUUCGAAUACGCUUGACGAUUACGAAUAUUUAACUCCGGGUCAUUUUUUGGUCGGAUCCGCUCUUAUUGUAAAUCCGGAACCAUCGCUUCUUCAACUCAACGAGAACCGCCUCUCGCGAUGGCAACUCGUGCGACACAUCACCGAGCGAUUUUGGAAGUUAUGGUAUAAUGAUUACGUUACCACCUUGCAACAACGAACAAAAUGGCGACAAGUCAAGCCGCAACUUCAGGUCGGUCAACUCGUUCUCUUACAAAACUCCAUGUUACCUCCAUGUAAGUGGGAGCUUGGCCGAGUGACACAAUGUCACGCCGGGUCCGACGGAUUAGUUCGCGUAGUUACUGUCAAAACAGCCACGUCCGAGUAUCAACGACCUAUCGUUAAACUAUGCGUUCUCCCGAUUGAUAGCGAGGCGUCGAGCAACUAA